AUUUGAGAAUCAAAUAAAAUAUGUUCACUUCAUACCAAACACUUGAGAACCAAACAUUCUGAGAGCGGUUGCUAAGUACACUUCAUACCAAAACCCUCCCUGCUCUGCUACUUCGACUUCACACUCUCUGUAAACAAAAUGAUGGGAGGGGCAGCAAAAAGUCUCACUAAUCUGUGUUCAUCUUUUCCAUUCACAACCAAAACCAAAACCCAAACCACAACGCCCUCUAAUUUCUCCUACCCUUCCACUCGCUCUCGUACCAUAUCAGCGGUGGCUAGCCAAAUCCAGCUUCCACCCACCGCCACUGAGUCAGCCACUCCGGGUCAGUACCGAGUCGACGUCCUCUCCGAAUCGCUCCCUUUCAUUCAGAAAUUCAGAGGUAAAACCAUCGUCGUCAAGUACGGCGGCGCCGCCAUGAAGUCCCCGGAACUCCAAGCCUCCGUCAUCAACGACCUCGUCCUCCUCUCCUGCGUCGGCCUCCGCCCCGUCAUGGUCCACGGUGGCGGCCCCGAGAUCAACAACUGGCUCAGCCGACUCAACAUUCCCGCCGUCUUCCGCGACGGCCUCCGCGUCACCGACGCCGACACCAUGGAAAUCGUCUCCAUGGUCCUCGUCGGCAAGGUCAAUAAAACGCUCGUCUCGCUCAUCAACAAGGCCGGAGCCACCGCCGUCGGCCUCUCCGGCAUGGAUGGCCGCCUCCUAACGGCGCGCCCUAGCCCUAAAGCCGCAGACCUAGGAUUUGUCGGCGAGGUUUCGAGAGUGGAUCCGACCGUUCUCCGAUCGUUAGUCGAGAGUAACCACAUUCCGGUGGUGACGUCGGUGGCGGCGGAUGAGUUCGGACAGCCGUACAACAUAAAUGCAGAUACGGUGGCCGGAGAGUUGGCGGCGGCGCUGGGUGCGGCGAAGUUGAUAUUGUUGACGGACGUGGUGGGAAUAUUGGAGGAUCGAAAUGACCCGAAUAGCUUGGUGAAGAAGAUCGAUAUAAAAGGGGUUAAGAGAAUGAUGAAAGAUGGAAAGGUCGGCGGUGGAAUGAUCCCAAAGGUCAAUUGUUGCGUUCGUUCACUUGCUCAAGGGGUUACCACUGCUAGUAUUAUUGAUGGCCGUGUUCCUCACUCUUUGCUUCUCGAGAUUUUAACUGAUGAAGGUGCUGGAACUAUGAUUACUGGCUAGGUUUUAGUUCAUUUCCAUCCUUUUUUUUUUACCCUGAAUUUAAAAAAAGAACUGUUCCAAGUUCAAGGCCUUUAUUGUUAUUUUCCAUGCGUUUCUUGUGAAUCAUGUACUUGUUUUUUGUUAGUUUCAUGAUUGGUUUCGUGCAUCUACAUCGAAUUAAUCGCAUAAACUCGAACAGGAGUGCUUCUUGCAAAAAUAAACUAAUAAGCAUAAUUUAGUCAUAUGAUAUUUAUAUAUAUUAUAUACUCGAGUAUUUCAUAUAUCUCUUGGUGCACAUCCUCUGAGAGACAAAAAAUUGGGUUCAUGGAUUCAGAGACAAAAAUACCUAUUAUCCUAUCCAAAUUUUUCAUGACGAACAUUCUACGUCAUUACUAGACUUCAAUGCAGCCGAAACGCGGGUUUAAAAUGGGCCUAAGUAAAGUGCAUAAAUAUGUCUUCCCUUCAGCAGAAUUGCGAGUAAGUCUUUGUCUCAAUCUUUGCUUUGUAGUUAAGCCUCUGCUUUCUAGAAUAGUGUGGUUAGCCACUCUGGCUAACCGCUUGAUGCAGCAAACACCCUUGGGAUAAGAAACUGCAGGGCUUGAGUGUGCUUCCGAAUUGCCCGACUCACUCUUGAUGCAGUGAUCAUGUUUUAUUAUUUGCUUUGACAUUUUAAAUAAAGAAUAUUGUCCUUCUUUUGAUUAAUGUUUUCCCAGUGUGUAAUGCAUGGCGUCAUGCAUUAAUUUGGACGGAGCGCUGUGGACAUGCUCGAGAAAUUUAAGUAUGUGAAGCUCUUUUUUGGGGGAUUAUGCUUUAGCUCAGUCAUUAUUGCAGUUUAUAUCUCAUAUUCAUAUUUCAUUUCAGGCAAGCUCUUCAGUUGACCAAUGGUGAUCCUGGACCUGUGAUUUUAGAGAUUACUAAUACAAUUGAAGAUGACUCACCAGUUGAUGUUUCUACUGUUUGUUCUAUGUAAGAUAUUAUGCAUUUAUGGUUUUUAUCUUUUUGUUGUAUUGUAACAGGAUUUUUAUUGAUAUAAAAGCUAAGUUGGGUCAAUUGUGUUCAAAAGUAGGGAAUAUCUCUAAUAUUUGUAUUAAAUGUUUGUAUUGUUUUCUUUAUUUGAAUUUAUAUCCGUUUUAUCUUUUGGUCGAAGAUCUUGUUCAGAUAGUUAGAUAAUCAAGUUUCUCCAAUGAGACUCGAUGAUAUUUCUUGUCAUGAACAAGAAUGGUUGGUAACUUGAUUUUUCAGAGGUUGCUGCUCAUUUUGCACCUAAUUGGGGCAGCUUAGGUUAGAUAUUUUGAGCACAAAGUUAUCUAGACCACAAACCUAAAUGUUUAUGCUUUGACUUCUGGCUGGUAAAGCUGGUUAAUGAUUUGGAAGUAUUGCUCGCAUUGUUCUGGAAUAGCGAGAAAAGGAAGGAAAUCAAUGGGGGAAAAGUAGGGACUGAAGACACCUUUAGAUCUUAGUCAUUUUACAGAAAUAACCUCUGAUUAAAUUUCUGCUUCAGGUAACAUCUAGCUAAAAGUGCACCUAUAAUCUUGGAUAAUUCUCUUUCUGCUGAUUCAUAUCUCAACAUCUUAUACAUGCCAUCAACAUUUCCCUGUUCCACAAGUGUUUGCAAUAAUAAUUCUGUAUAUAGUCAAGACUUAGAAGAUGGUCCUCGAAGUAACCUGGAUAAUGUUAGAUACACUGAUUGUAUUCAUUACCUACAAGAGGUGAGCAUAUCCAUUUUCUGCAAAUAAUAAGCUUGUGAAUGCUCUCAUAAUUUAACAAUUUGUGAUUAUUGUUAAUUUAAAUAGCUAUGCAUCAGUUUGAAGAAUGUAUAUCAUAAAUUUCCGGGCUUGUAUAGCAAGUCUCUGUACACUUUUCUGCAUUUCAU